AUGCCUGCCGGGGAUCAUGGACCUGGUUGGUGGUGCUUCCAGGCUCGGCGAGGCUACCGAACCGUCCUCGACCUACCCACUUCUCAGAAGGGUUUUCGUCGAGGGUUUGCCUUUGUUUACUAUGGGGGAGAAUGGGGCAUCCCCAUCGUAACUCCUACUGCCGACCCCAACCACUGCCUUAACUUCAAAGUGCCCGAGUUAUCGGAGGACGAAGUAGUGGCCGCCAUCUACAUGCAAUUGGAGGCAAAAAUAGUGGAUGGCGGUGAAGUUUUUGUAGCGGGGAAUUGGCUCCCGAGCUGCAAAUUGUUCAAGAAUGAGCACUUCCUCGCCGCGUUUGGCCUGAGUCCGGCCUUCCCUAAGGGUAAUUCGGCAAGAGGGGGUCCGGUUGACUUGCUUUUGUUGCUUUACUUGUUUUAUUUUGCUAACUGUGUUUUUCCUUUUGCAGAAGCUUCCCUAUCAUUCUUAAAAGAAACCGAUCAAGAGAUGGCCGAGCGAUUAACUUCCGCUGCCCUCAAGGCCGCUCGGAUCAGGGCCGAGAUGAAGGCCAAUAAGAUCAACAAGCCUUCCAAGCCGAAGGAUCCAUCCAACCCCAAGCCGAGUAAGCGCAAGGAGAGGGCCGAGGAGAGGGUUGAGCUGACGGAGAAGGCCCUGGCCAAAGCUCGGGCUGAGAGGGAGGCUUCAGCGAAGAAGGCUCGGAAGGAGCCUUCUGUCGAGGUGAAUAGUCCUCGACCUGAUUCUGGAGGUGGGGACACCCACGUCUCGGUCCAUCCCUCGGAUUUCGAACCUGUUCGGAGUCCGGGAUAUGAACCGGGGGCCUCCCACCCUUCUUUGGCCGAGCGCUCUCUGUCCGAGGCGCCCGUCCCUUUCACUCAGAUGUCCAAGACGGACAAGAAGAAAAGGAUUUCCGACGCCCUGGAGAUCCUAUGCACUCAAACUGACCGAGACCAUAUCAAUGAGGUCAAUGGGAGGAAUGAGUCGAGCGAGCUUUUCCGCUCCUGGAUGGACUUUUCUAUCCGAAUGACCAAAGUGGCCGAGGACCGGCUCGCUUUGGUCCAAGAAGUCCAGGAGCUGAAGGACGCGGCUCGGUCGCACUUUGACGAGCUGUACCAAGCCAAAGAGGGCAAAAGACUGGCCGAGCUGCGUAAGGAAGAGGUGGAGGACAAGAUCCGGAAGGGCGAGGAGGCUUGGCACAAGGAGCAAGAGGAAUGGAAGGUGGAGAGGGCCAAGCUGACAACGGCCAAGGACAAUGCUGAAUCGGCCAAGACUGCUGCUGAGGCCAGGGUGACCCGGAUCGAGGGCGACCUGGAGAGGGUGAAGUUCAAGCUUUCAACGGCCGAGGCCCAGUUGAAGGAAGCCCUGGCCACGGCCUCUCGCUCUCAAGAGGAAUGGUUCAAAGUCUGGCAAACUUCGGAUGCUUGCACCGAGUUUUGUGCUGACGUGGGCCAAUCCUCCCACAAAAUGGGCGAGGACGAGGCCCUUACCAAGCUGAGGGUUGCCCUGGCCGAUUCCCGUCCUUCGGCUGACUGGAACUCGGUUUGGUCCCGCUACCAGGAGCUAGCGGAGGCUGAGGCAGCUGAGAUCCGGGCAAAAAUGGCCGAGGAGGCGAGCUCGGAUGAGGAGGAUGAUGAUGAUGACGAAGUGGCUGCCGAAGCAGGAGGGAGCACCGAGCCGCCUCCGGAGAUCGCUGCCGAGCAGCCUGCUGCCGACCAACCUGGUGUUGAGCAGCCUUCUGCCGACCUCUCAACCAAGGAGCCUUAG